AUGAAUGUGUUCCAUGUCUUCGAGACCACAAAGCGUGACCGUUCAUCUACGGAACUGAUUGCUGGUAUCACUUUGUACAGGGACUGUGUGACACGCACAUAUGUACACCACUUGUUGAUACUUUCAAUUCUCGUAAAAUUAACUGAACAAACUUUUUAUUUGUUCGAAUUUUCUAAUAGGAAGUGUAAAUUCAUGAAUCCAUUAGAAGAUUAUAGCUACCAGAUGGUACCAAUGAUUCUACUAAUAGUUACGGGAAGAGUUAAAGACGUUUUAAGAGAUGGUUAUGAGACGAAGAAGGGUAGCACAGAUUUCCACCGCCUUCGAAAUUAG